GGAGGGCCGCUUAAUAUGGCUGCCUCCAUGCUUGCUCUGAGUUGUGGCUCUGUAGCGACAGUAAUACUCCUUUGCCUGGGCUGCUGCGGGUUAGGGAGCGCUGACAGAGUCGAGGAUCAAGCAGAGCACUUUUUUAGAAGUGGACAUACAAACAACUGGGCAGUUUUGGUAUGUACUUCUCGAUUCUGGUUUAACUACCGACAUGUGGCCAAUACUCUUUCAGUUUACAGGAGUGUCAAGAGACUAGGCAUCCCUGAUAGCCAUAUAGUCUUGAUGCUCGCAGAUGAUAUGGCCUGCAACCCACGAAAUCCAAGACCAGCGACUGUGUUUAGUCACAAAAACAUGGAACUGAAUGUUUAUGGUGAUGAUGUGGAAGUGGAUUAUAGAAGCUAUGAGGUUACUGUAGAGAAUUUUUUGCGAGUAUUGACAGGAAGAAUCCCAGCAAGUGCACCUCGCUCAAAACGUCUCCUUUCUGAUGACAGAAGCAACAUUCUGAUAUAUAUGACAGGUCAUGGUGGGAAUGGCUUCUUGAAAUUUCAGGAUUCGGAAGAAAUCACCAAUGUAGAACUUGCAGAUGCUUUUGAACAAAUGUGGCAGAAAAGAAGAUACAAUGAGUUGCUAUUUAUCAUUGAUACAUGCCAAGGUGCAUCCAUGUAUGAACGGUUUUAUUCUCCUAAUAUAAUGGCUUUGGCUAGUAGCCAGGUGGGAGAAGACUCACUUUCACAUCAGCCAGAUCUUGGGAUUGGAGUCCAUUUGAUGGAUAGGUAUACAUUUUAUGUCUUGGAGUUCUUGGAAGAAAUUCAUCCAGCUAGCCAAACCAAUAUGAAUGACCUCUUUCAGGUGUGCCCUAAAAGUUUGUGUGUCUCUACUCCUGGCCAUCGGACAGACCUAUUUCAGAGAGAUCCUGAAAAUGUCCUAAUAACUGACUUCUUUGGAAGUGUACGAAAAGUAGAGAUUACAACUGAGACUGUUCCUCUGGAUCCUCAUUUAGAAACUGUGGAUAUCAGACUUCGAGUAGAUGAAGUAGCAACAGAGCCAUUAAAAUAUACAGAACAACUUCCAGUAGCACAAAUAAUACACCAGAAGCCAAAGCAGAAGGACUGGCAUCCUCCUGGGGGUUUCAUUUUGGGACUCUGGGCACUGAUUAUCAUGGUCUUCUUUAAAACUUAUGGCAUCAAGCACAUGAAAUACAUCUUCUAGAGUUUCUACUGUGGCUGCACUGAAUGUAUCCUCGAAUGAAAAUACCAUUUACAUGGAUAAGGAGAGUUAGUCCUCUGGCUGAAAGUUCUUCCCAUGUGCUUCUUUUAUGUUUACAUUAUGUCAUGUUUAAAGCUGUUUUACUACAUGUUUAGAACACAACUUUGUACCAGAGUUGAUCACUUUGGCCUUUGAGCUCACAUGGUGUUUCCCUAAAAUUAGAGCUUUCCCCUUCAAUAAAAUGAGUGUAGUAGAACUUUGUACAUAGAUGCUCAGACCAGUUCUAAGAUGUGAAACUGAUUUCCAGUUAGGAAUCUCCUCUACUGAGGGAACCCAAUGUUUUUUCAAAGAAGAAAAUUGCUGCAUUUAGCAUUCAGGAGUCCAGUCAGAUUCUUGCAGCCUGCAUGUGCAAUGUGGCCUGUAUGUAUUUGGCUUCAGCACUGAAAAUGCUGGGUACAUGUUGGAAGUGCAGGCACUUGAGUUCAGGUGUUUUCUUAUUCCAUCUUUAUCCAACAGAUGAGCAGACCUUCCAAACUGUUAGGAGGAAAUAUUGUUGGGCUGAAUUUGGAAUUCGGAGAUGGGGGUGGAGAGAUAUGCAUUUUUCUUGAUUCCCUCCUGUUACACUCCACUGAACUCCCUGGAAUCAUGGUUUUGGGGAAUGGUGCAUGAGUGUCAAGUGGGGGUCUGCAAUGGGAAGAGAGAAUUGGCAAAAACUUCUCCCCAGCCACUUCUUUGGAUGAGAAGAAAAACUCCUUUGGCUUUCUGCAGGUCUAUAGCUGCAUGAGAACAUCUCGUGCCAGGAUAUCUGUGUGUGCAUAAGGGUCCAAGGUCACACUAUGUGAUUCAUGGAAUAGGUGAGUGAGGAGGACCAGCCAAAAUGAUACUGGAAUAUUUUAAAUGCCAAACAUCUUCCAAACUGUAAAAAGUAAGGUUUUUUUAUCUCUUAAGUAAAUUUUACAAAAGAGUUACCAUAGCUGAAAUGAAAGUUUAGAUAAUAUGCUGAACCUUAUUUAAGAUGUCAUUUUGUCAAUAGAAACUUAAGUCACUUUGUGGACUUUUGCCAUGACAUAUUGAACACUUGCUCAACAGAAACAAAAAUACUGUAGGAGAUAUUGAUUUACUCUGUUAAAUACGACCCUUUAGAUCAAUUGUUUUACCUAAGGCAAUUUUGCUUCUUGAAUUCCAUGAGUCAUUAGAACUGAAAUAAAAAAGGUCCCAAACAAUAACCUUACUGCUUGAUGAGGGAACUGCUUGGAAAGUAUGGCCUCCUGAUGUUUAGCAGAAGGUGUAUGUGCAAGUGAUUUUAGAAGAUCUAGGAUCUUCAGUUAAGAGAUGAAAUUUGCAGUGCAUUAAUACAUUGUUUUUACACAUAGAAGAAUCUUGUAUUAGGCAAAUACAUUUUAUUAAGUCACUGUACUCAAAACUAAAUGUACCUUCUGUUGUCAAAGAUAUUUAGUGUUUAGUGGUGCUGAUGAAUAAAAUCUGUUUGCAGAGAAAAUAAAAUGUGGAGAACAGCU